AUGAAUACAGACGAAAAGGAAAUAGAGCUGGAAAGCACUAUACUUGCACCAGAAAACAAGGUGUCAUCACAGCAAAAGAUAGUAUCAUUAUUUAGUGAAAGCAAUUCUGACGUCGUCUUAAAAUGUCAAACAAGUCAUUACGUUUCCUUUCCUUCAAUGAUGCGAUCUAUUGUCGAAGCGGGUAUCCAAAAGUGUGAGUAUCCCCUAAUUAAGAUGAUUGGUCUUUCAAUAAUGGGUGGAAUGUUAUUAUCAGUUGGGGGAUUGAUGUCUAUUAAUAUAGGUAACGCUCUGCCAAGUUCUGAAUUGGGAAUUUCUAAAUUUGUGUUUGGAGCAUGUUUUAGUAUCGGACUUAUUCUCGUCGUAUUCACACAGAGUGAACUCUUCACUUCCAAUUGCGCCACUUUAAUUCCAACAUUAUUGGAAAGGAAAAUUAAGUGGUAUUUUGUUAUUAAAUCACUUAUAACAACCUAUUUUGGGAACUUAAUUGGUUCAAUUUUUGUCGCUGUUAUGUUUGGGAAAGUACUUGGCAGUUUUGAUAAUAAACUUUACAUUGAGGCUCUAAUCAAAAUCGGAGAAGCAAAAGUUCAACUUGAUUUUGGUAGAGCAAUUUUGAGUGGAAUUGGUUGUAACUGGGUGGUUUGUACUGCAGUUAUUUUGAGCUUUUCAUCAAAAGAUGUAAUUGGAAAGGUUGCAAUUUUAAGUAUUUUUGUAAUGACGUUUGUUUCACUUGGGUUUGAACAUAGUGUUGCAAAUAUGUUCUUUUUGCCAUUGGCCCAAAUGUAUGGAGCAAAGAUAAAUAUGUUACAGAUAGUCUGGUGUAAUUUAAUACCAGUUUCUUUUGGCAAUAUUAUCGGUGGAAUUGUAUUUGUUGGAAUUCCUUUUUGGUAUCUCCACAUUUCUACUAUUUAUCGUAUACCUUUUAUUGAUCCAUAA